CCACAGGGCAGGCCUGCAUUAAUAUAGAAUCAAUGAUCGAUCAUGAAGCUGACACUACCAGAGCUAAGUGCGCGCGGCUAGAUAACAGAAAGAUCAGACUGACCACAUACAGUCGCAAAUGUUAAGCCAAUACAUUCCAUGUGCUGACAUCAGAACCUGAUAACACAUGAGACAUGGCUACAGUGUGUCUAGACAGAAGCAGUCGGUGGCAGAGUAUUCAAAAUGGGCUGCAGUUUAUCCAGUCAACUCUCCCCUUUCCUGGAACACAGGGCCAAUAUGAGGUAUUCAUUCAGGACCUUGUGAGAAAUCUGUUCGGUGAGGGCAAUGAUGUUUUCAAAGAAGGAGAGUGGACAAAAUCUAUUGAAAUGUACACAGAGGCCUUGAGCAUAGCAGAAUAUGCAGACUCAGAGGACAUCACUGUCUCUGGGGGAAUAUUGGAAAGCCUUUAUGCCAAUCGUGCUGCUGCAUACCUAAAUAUUGGGCUCCAUGACCAAGCAUUUGAGGACUGUGAGAAAGCCCUUCAAUUGAAUGAAGGAAACUAUAGAGCUCUGUACAGGAAAGCCAGAUCUUUAAAGGAGAUGGGAAGGCACCGAGAGGCCUAUGAAGCUGUUGCUAAGUGCUCUCUUGCAGUGCCUCAGGAUCCCAAUGUCAUACAGUUGACUCAGGACCUCGCCAAAAUGUUGGGAUUGAAAAUCCGUAAAGCCUAUGUCAGGAGCAAGCCUGCCUUAAAUGCCUUGCCUGGGGCAACCUAUCCAGGUGCCUCCAAUGAUAAGUUUUCCCAUGACUCUACAUCUGUGGAAGACAUAGAGAUGGAAGCGUCUCAGGGCACUCAGGAAACAAACAAAAGGAGUCCAGUACCAGUCCCAGCCCCGGUAGUUCAUCCCCCCAGUAACAAGAAAGUGGAUGUUGAAUCUGUACCUGUCAGAGUUUCUUCAGUCUCGCCCACUAAGGCACAUGACCUGAAGCCCAUCUCAGUGUCUGUGUCCAUGCCAAUGGUGAAUGGUAUUAGAGCCAAUGACUCCUAUCCAGUGCCAGAAUCACGCUUGGACUAUGAUCCAGAAAUUAUUGGAGAUGAUCUUGAUGAUCUUCUGGACCAAGCUGGUCCCUCGGACGCUUCAAUUGGCAUUCUCACAGUAAAGGGACCUAUUCCUUUACCUACUAGCGUUGCCUCAGUUCAUUCCAUGCCUAGUCCAUUCCUGAUGCCGUCUCACAUUAGCCCAUUCCUACUUAUGGGGCCUCAGUGCACCAUCAACCUGCCUCUCCCUUACCACAAGGCAGGAUCAAGUGGAUAUUCUUUAGGUCUGGAUUCCUUCGCUUCGCCCUUGGAUUCACUGGACAGUCUUUCCAUAUCAGAACCCCAAACAGGAUAUGCUCACCAUUCCUUCAUAAAGCAGGUGAGCAAUGAUGAAAAGCCAAUGGGAAUGGCUGUGGGUAUGCCUGGUAUGAAUUACACUGCUCUGGAUUUAGCCAAAAAUCCAUUGGUUGAAACGCACGAGUUUAAACAAGCAUGCUUACAAUGCUUCAUCAAAACCGGGCAGGGCGUGUUGGAUUACACGCUUGUUACUGAGGAUCACAAAUGCAAAAAGGAUGUGUUACUUGGUCGGUAUAAGCACACCCACGACCAAACAUGGAAGCUUAUUCGGACAAAGCCAAUGAAGACUCAGUAUGUUGGACCAUACCAUAUCUGCAAGGAUGUUUCCAACGGAGGCGAGUGCCGAUACCCUGGACACUGCACUUUUGCAUACUGCCAAGAGGAGAUUGAUGUUUGGACACUGGAGCGCAAAGGUUUCAUCUGCAGAGAUCAGCUUUUUGAUCCGUUUGGGUGUGUCCCUAAGAUCAGUAUGACUGUCCCAAAGAUCUUACAGGAACACCAUGGGACCUUUAUGUUCCUCUGUGGCGUGUGUUUUGAUCACAAACCACGAAUAAUCAGCAAAACCAACAAGGACAACUCCUCUCUUUGCUCCCACUCUGUGACAAAGCAUGACUUUGAAGAUCAAAAGUGCCUGGUUCACGUAUUGAGGGAGAACACCAUACGUUACUCCAAAAUCCGCCCUUACACUCAGCAUUGCCAGAUGGAUCUCUGUCGCCACGAGGUACGCUAUGGCUGUGUACGGGAGGAUGAGUGCUUCUUUGCCCAUAGCCUGGUUGAGCUGAAGGUCUGGAGGAUGCAGAAUGAGUUUGGCAUCACACAUGAAAGUAUUGUACAGGAGGCAAAUAUGUUUUGGCGCAUGGAGGCCCAGAAAUUUCCCACUGCACCAAAAACAUUUGGGCCACCAAAUCUGAAGAUCCUCUUUGUUUGUGGUCAGUGUUGGAGAAAUGGCCAACAAAGUGAGGCUGACAAAAGCAAGAAGUAUUGCACUGCCAAGGCCAGGCAUAUGUGGGCGAAAGACAGACGAGUGGUACUGGUCAGUUCCAUUGAACGCAAGAAGUGGAUGACGAUUCGACCGCUUCCGACAAAGAAGCCCAUCCCAUCUCAGUAUGACAUUUGCAUACAUGUGACAGCUGGCAAAAAGUGCCAAUACAUCGGAAACUGCACAUUUGCACACAGUACCGAGGAAAAAGACAUUUGGACAUACAUGAAGGAUAAUAACAUUACAGACAUGGAGCAGUUGUAUGAGCAGUGGCUGCUGUCUCAGAAGCCUGGUUGGAGCGAGGAAACUAGCAGUACCAGAGAGAACGGAAAGCCAAUUCACAUGCCCACAGACUAUGCUGAGGAAGGGGCGGGGAACCACUGUUGGCUAUGUGGUAAAAAUUGCAACAGUGAUAAACAGUGGCAGCAGCACAUCACAUCAGAUAAACACAAAGACAAGAUGUUUAACUCUGAAGACGAGCAAAACUGUUGGCAGUAUCGCUUUCCCACUGGCACUUUUAGAGUUUGUGAGAGGUACAGCAAAGGCACCUGCAUGGAGGAGGAUAUGUGUAAGCUGGCUCAUGGUAAUGAAGAACUAAAGGAAUGGAAGGAACGCAGGGAGUUUCUUUUGAUGAAAUUGGCCAAAGCGAGGAAAGACCAUCUUAUAGCUCCAAAUGACAAUGACUUUGGCAAAUAUAGUUUUCUGCUUAAGGACAUCAAUUAAUUGGAUAAUCACAUGCACUGCUACAAGCCUAGAAAAAACAAGCCUUGAACUUGCCAAUGUAAUGAAUGGAGAUUAAGAACACAGCAUUGAGCUUAACAGAGCUGUGGCACCUUCAAACACACAAGACUGCAGCAGUUUGUUGGUUGCAAUAAUUGAAUUAUUGCAAAGAUUGCUUGUCAAAAUAGGUGUGAUAAACUUGGAGAAGCCAAAGUUCAGACACAUCAGCGCAGGUAUUAUAGGACAACAUGGAAAACACAUUUGAGAAUGUAUUCCUUUUUUUGACAGCUAAAUGCUGUAAUUGUUUUGUACUAUUAAGUUUUGGGUUAUAUAUUUAGUCAUUUUUGUCAUUUAUCAUUCAUAUAUGCAUUCUAUCACACUUCUGUCCAUGUAAUUACACUUUGUGUAAGGCAUUAUGCCAUUUGUAGAAAGGAAUCUGAUUACCAACCAAAUAUAAAGCCUAAUAUUAAACACUUGCUUUGCUUUAUUUCAUAAA